AUGAAACCAUAAUAAAAGAAAUAAUAAUAACAAUUGCGGGAGAAGGGUUUUGAUACUUUCAUCUCUGGAGCCAACAAGGAUAGGGUUAAUUAGAAGAACAAAAAUUAAUUGAAUUUAAAAACCAAGAGUAUUAAGAAAUGGAAUGAUGAAAAGAGUCAAUCCUAGAAGAUAGGUACUCUUGAUCAUGAUGAUUUGGAGGUUUUGAGGAAAUCAUUAGUGUAAGGUAUUGGGCAUCAUUAAUUCAGGUAAUGUGCUCAGCAAAUCUUAAUAGGAUUUGCUUGAAAAAUUGCAGAAAGACACACCCAUUGAUCAUAGAUAUGACCCUCAUUUUUCACAAUUAUUAGAUAGUGAUAAUGAUGAAUUGGAUGAACAAUAAAUUUAAGAAGAAGAAGAAGUAAUUAAAAAUUUGAAUAACUAAGUUGUGUUAAUCUGAAGGUGAAGAAAAUGAUUAAAAUGUUUAUAAAGAUGAUUUUGAAAAAACUAAACCACAAAUUCAACCAAUUGUUCAAUAACAAUAGCCAUAACAAGUAAUAUAAGUUGUCAAUUUACCUGCUACUAAACCAAGGCCCAUCAGUGCUAUUUCAGAAUAACCUUAAAUUCAAUAGUAACAACCAUAGUAAUUUAAAUAACCAUCCACUGAAAUUAAACCUACACCUUUAGCUAAACCAGAAAUCAAAUAAUAUGCAUCCAAACCUCAAUUAAGGGCUAAUUCUGUCACUAAAUAAGAAGAUAUUAAAAAUGAUAAUCACUCCUUCAAUCCUCCUCAAACCUCGCAAAGUUAGAAGCCAUAAGAAAAAAAGGAUAAUCUUGAAGAGCUGUUUGAAAAAAUUGAAAAGUUAUCUAGUAAUGAGAAAUAAAAGCUAAUUCUAUUCUUAAAUAGGAACACUAUAGAUUUAGAAGAGAAGACUGAUAGAUCAGAAAUAUAAAAUGAAUAAAACUAGUAAAAAUUUAAAUUAGAUAUGGCUAUCAAAUAAUAGAAACAGUAAAAAGAGAUAUAAAUUAUUGAAAAUAAACCCAAGGAAUAAGUAUCAUUGAUUACCCCUUAAUAAAUUACAAAUAAUUAACCAUCCUUAUAAAUACCUCAAAUUGAAAACAAAAAAAGGAAUGCAAGUAUUAAUAAUGUCAUUCAAAUGCAAUAAGAAUUUGUAAACUAAGAAAAGGCAUAAAUUAAUACUGAAAAAAAUUCUGAUUUGUUGAUUGAUAAGAAUUGCUAAUUAAAAAUUAGAAUACUUUCCACUUGGGGUAAUCCAAGUUUAGUUGGUCUUACUGAAAUAGAACUUUAUACAACUGAUGGUAAUAAAGUUUAACUUAAACCAUAUAAUAUUAAAAUGACCAAUGCUUAAUCCCUUAAAAUGCCUGAAAUCCUUAUUAAUGGUAAAUACUUAACCAAAGAUGCAGUAAAUAUGUGGUUAGGAAGCAUGCCUGAUCCUCCAAAAACUAUUGAUAUUGAAAUCUCUUAUGAUGAUGAUAUUGUUCUUGGAGGAAUCAAGAUCUUUAAUUAUAAUAAGAGUUUGAUUGAUAGUGUUAAGGGAGUCAGAGAUAUGGAAGUAUUAUGUAGAUAGAAUGGUAAAGUCAUUUCUAAAAUUGUGGAAAUUAAAAAAGGCACAGGCUUUGAAAUUGAUGAUUAUGGAACAGAAAUUCAAAUUAUGGAUAAUUUCAAAUUCCCAACCUUUUAGAAUACUCAAUCUAAAUUCGCAUAAAAACUCAGAGGUUAGAUUGAUUAAUCAGAUAUUAUUGAAAAAAAGUAGGAGAAAUUAGAGGAUUCAAAACCUCCUCCCUCUAGAAAAGGAAAAGGACCUAUAGUUGUAGAUGUAUUCAAAGGGGAACGAUUAGAUACUGGGAAAAGUGAUAAAAAAGUUGAAUAACCAUAAUAAUAGAAUAAUAAUUAAACAAAUCAAUAACAAAUUAUAGAACCCAGAAGAAGGAGGGAUAUUCCAUAACCUACUUAAGAUUAUCUCGAAGAAACUCUUCAAUAUUUUAAUAUUACAUAACAAGGUAGAUUAAAACCUGUAUAAAGACAGGACAUAAUUGAAGAUCCUGUACCUUUACCAAAAUAUGAAGAAAUAGAUGCUUUGGAUUUUUUUUUCAAAGGUUAAUAAAGACCUAAUAAUAUUUAGCCUAAAUAAUAAUUGUCUAAAUGGGAAACACCAACUUAACAAUAAAUUCCUUAAUAAAUUAUACAAUAACCUAACAGAAAUAAUUUUAGAUAGUAAACAUAAGAAAACGCAUAACUCAUUAAGGAUUUGUUGAAUUAGCCAUUAAUUAAUUAAGCUCCUGUAAAAAAGGCCAAGAAGUAGGUGUCUUUGCCGACUAUACCUUAGGUUAGAAUAAUCACAAUCCACAUACAUUCCACUUGGGGGGAUAAAUAUUAUGUGGGUUUAAAUGGAAUAGAAAUAUUCAAUGAAAUAGGAAAAUAAAUUGAGAUUUAAGAUCCAUACAGUUAAGUUAAGGCUGAUCCUAGUGAUAUUAAUGUGUUACCAGAAUAUUUCAAUGACCCUAGAACACCUGAUAAGUUAGUUGAUGGAGUAUAUUACACUCAAUCUGAUAUGCAUGUAUGGUUGAGUCCGUUUUAGAGAGGGAAAAUCAAUAAGAUUACUAUUGAUCUUAUUGAUAAGAAGAAAAUAAGUAUGAUUAGGAUAUGGAAUUAUAAUAAGAGUAGAAUACAUAGUUUUAGAGGAGCAAAAGAUAUAAGUUUAUAUUUUGAUAAUCAAAUUGUAUUCAGAGGAGAUAUAAAGAAAGGAUUUGGAAACAUGAAUUUAUAAAGAGUUAUUAAUUAGAAUGAAUAACCUUUUGAGUUAUUUUUAUUCACAAGUGAUGAUAAUAUCAUUUAGUAAAUAGCUAAAAAUGAUUGGAUCAACACUUAGGAAUUUUAAACAAUUUAACAUGAUUAUUAAAAUGAAAGACCAAAUACUGGUAAUGCAGAUUCAGAAGUAAGACCAACAACAUCAGCUAAAGUUACUAAUCUUUAAAAUGAAAGUAAAAUAAAACAAUAAUUAUUUAGUAAAAUAAGCUAGAUAAUAAGAGUAAAAUUAAUAGAGACAAGAAAAACAACAAAUUUAAAGAGCAUUAAUAAAUCAAAAUUCAAAUGGUAUAACUUGUAGAUAUUUAUAAAUCAAAUUAUUGAGACCUUGGGCUGAUUAACCAUAUAUUGGAUUAACUGGAGUUGAUAUUUAUGGUAUUGAUUUAUAUAUCUAUUUAGGUAAGGAGGGAAAAAUAUAAGUAAAAAACAUUAAAUCAGAUUAUCAAAGUGAUGGAGACAAAGGCAACAUAAAUAGUCUUAUUAAUGGUAUUAAUGUAACUACUAAUGAUAUGAAUAUGUACAUUCUUCCCUAUCAGCCAGGUAGAUGUGUUACUCUAACAUUUACAUUUGAUAUUCCUCAAUUAAUAACCUCAAUUAGAAUUUGGAAUUACAAUAAAUCUUAUGAGGAUACUUUUCGUGGUGCUAAAUUCAUUAGUUUAUUAAGUGAUUAGGGAAUAAUCUCUAAUUGUGUUGGAUUGAAAAGAGCUCCUGGUUGUGAAAUUUAUGAUUAUGCUUAAACCAUAACUAUACCUUGCAAAGAUUAUAUUUUUGAAGAAACUACUCAAGUCUAAAAAUAAUUAAGAUGUGAAUAUGAAAUCAAUAAUUUAAUGGUUGGAUAUGAAUUAAAGAUAUAAUUGAUAACUACUUUUGGUGAUAUACAUUAUAUUGGAUUAAAUGGUUUAGAAAUUCUAGAUUAUAAAGGCAGAUAGAUUUAAGGCAAUAUUGGAGCAGAACCAUCAUCUGUUAGAAUUCUUUAAUCUAUGAGAGGAGACAAAAGAGUAGUAGAAAAUCUUUUAGAUGGGAUUAAUGAAACUCAUAAUGAUAUUCAUAUGUGGUUAGCUCCAUUCACUAAUAGAUGUUUUGAUCAUUCUUAAGAUCCUCAAAUUAAUACUCUUUAUUUUGGUUCUGAAUAACCUUUUGCUCUUGGUUGCAUUAUCUUUUGGAAUUACACUAAAACUCCUUUAAGAGGUGUACAUGAAAUUGCUAUCAGUCUUGAUGAUUAUAUUAUCUAUAGAGUAUAAUUUAUUAUUUAAAUUUAGGGUUAUCUAAGAUAGGCAGGUAAUGAUGGAAACUAAACUGUUAUUCUAUUUUAUAGAGAUAUGCAGUUGAUGGAAAGAUUCAGUGGAAAAUAUUAUACAGAAUUUGGUCAAAAAUAAACUGCUGGUUAUAAAAAUGAAGAGAAAGUAUUAUUUACUUUAUUUUAUUUUCUAGGGUACUAGAUAAGUUUAAAGUUAUGCUCUUUUAGAAAGACCAAUAACUAGAGUCAAAGGUAGUAAUUGAUUUUAAUAUAUUUUAUACAAAAUUUAUUAUAUUCUUUUAUGAAUUAGAAGCAUUGUCCAUUUUGUUAAAAAAUUAAAGGUACUUCCAACGUUAAACAUUUCUACUCAUAAAUAAUAAAUAGUGUAUCAAUAAUUAAACAAUGAACAGGCAUUGUACACUAAAUAUUCAUCAAGAAAAUCCAAAAACUUUGACGACUUCUUUGCUAGAAAACCAGUAAAAUGGAUUAUUGAUUUUAAAGAUCAUUUGUACUUACAAGAUGAUGAUACAUACUUGAAAAAGUAUAGAUAUAUAUUAAUUAUAUUAAGAUUCUAUCCAAGUAAUUAAUAGCCACAUAAAAUUAAAUCUUUGUUGCAAUACUAUAGAUUUCAUAAGAAUCUACCUCGACUUUUUUUUGGAGUUUUAGCAGAUAAAGUUAUAUCAUUUUUUGAGAAAAAAAAGUAUAACAAUUUAUUAACAACUAUUAAAUAGAAAGUAUGAAUAUAGAAGAAUUAAAAAAAUGCUAGGAAUUCCUUAUGAUUAAUCUAAUUAGAGUACAUGUACAAAAAUAUUCGCAUAAAAACAUUAGAAUAUGAAAAGUUGAAAGAAGACAUAUAAGUUUUAAAUAGUUUAAGUAAAUUUACUGAAAAUUCCACUAUAUCUAUAUUAAAUGAACUCUUUAAAAUUUAACCUAAAGAUUAUUAGUUAGUAAAAAUAUUCUGUUAUUUAUUUUACAUAGAAUAUCGAUGAAACAUGGUUGACAAUGCAGUAGUAAGAAUUAAAUAUUCCAAAACUAAACAAUUAAUAAGUACCUUAAAAUCUUUAAUUACUUAAAAAAUUUGUUUAAAAACAUUCUAAAGAUAAGAUUAAUCUACCAUUCCAUUUAUUAAAAGGAAAAACUUUAUCAAAUCUUAGAAAUUCAUGCAAUCAAUCUCCUGAAAGACUUUUUCCUACAUAAAAAUCCACUUCUUAAUAGUAUAUCAAUAGCAGUUAGGAAGAAUGUGAAUUUAAAUCUUAAAUGAAAUCAAAAAUCCUAACAUUAUCAUAAUAACACAAAAUUAAAACACAUAAUAAAAAUUAGAUUGAUUAAAACUAUUAUAUUAAUACACUAGGAAAGCGAAAUAGCACUCAUUUUAUCACAAGUACUAGUAGUGUCUCUCCUGAAUAAAUAAGGAUAGAGCAGUCACGUUUAAGCUAAAUAUAUUUGAAUGUAUAAGAUAGAUAAAGCUAAUCCAAUAUAUUUAAUCAUGCUUUUCACUUUCCAGUACAAUCAUCAAAUUAAUUCACUUUUAAAAAUGAUGUAUCUCCUAAAAAAAAGAAUUAACAAAUAAUUUAAAUUUAUUCAAAUAAUUUAAGUAACAAAAUCAAAACAUAACCAAGAAAAUCUCCUGAAAGGUAGAGAGUCUUUUAACAUACUAGUUCAUAAUCAACAAAAUACAAUAAUUCAAAAACUCUAUUCUAAACAAAUGAUAAAAUAUCUUCAUUUUUAUAACUUAAAUUUAGAUUGGAUAAUCUUCAAAAUUCAAAUAACAAAAGAAAAUAAUUAAAUCCAAAUUCAGAUAUAAAUUAAAUAUAAAAGGAAGAAAAAUAAUAUAUUAGAGGAUAAUCAUAUAAUAUGGUUAAAAAUAAAAUUACAGCAAAAAAAUAAAUAAAAAAUAAAUGA